AUGAAGAGUGAUCGGUCUAUGGCUCCUCCUUACAACUUCAGAACUGGAAUCUCCUCACCUGUACACAGUGUUCUACAGAAGGCAGGAGACAGAAGAGAGAAGAACAUCAUCACAGCUACAGGACACGACCCAGAAUCCACUGCUGCAGAUGAAUUCCAGAAGAAGUUCAAGAACAAUCUGAUGAAGAAGUUUCAGUGUUUGAAUGGAUUGAUGCUAAAGCAGGAAAACCGAACACUCCUGAAUGAGAUCUACACAGAGCUCUACAUCACAGAGGGAGACAGUGGAGACGUCAAUAAAGAACAUGAGGUGAAACAGAUCGAGGCAGCAUCAAGGAGGAACCCAACUGAGGACACACCAAUCAAAUGCAGUGACAUCUUUAAACCCCUAAAUGAACAAGACAAACCCAUCAGGAGAGUUCUGACAAAACCCUUAUCCAAACAAGAUGAAGAACCCAUCAGGAACGUUCUGACUAAGGGUGUAGCUGGAAUUGGAAAAACAGUCAAUGUGCAGAAGUUUGUUCUGGACUGGGCUGAAGGGAAAACAAAUCAGGACGUCCACCUCAUAUUCCCAUUUCCUUUCAGAGAGCUGAAUUUGAUGAAGGAGCAGAAACUGAGUCUGGUGGAGCUCCUUCAUGUGUUUUUUAAGGAGAUGAAAGAAAUAGACAUUUCCAGGUUGGAGAAGGUUUUGUUCAUUUUUGAUGGUUUGGAUGAGUGUCGUUUUCCUCUGGAUUUCCAGAAGACAGUGAGAGUGUGUGAUGUAACUGAAUCAGCACCAGUGCAUGUGCUGCUGAUAAACCUGAUCAAAGGGAACCUGCUUCCCUCUGCUCUCAUCUGGAUCACCUCCAGACCAGCAGCAGCUGAUCAAAUCCCGUCUGAGUGUGUCCAUCGAGUCACAGAGGUACGAGGGUUCAAUGACCCUCAGAAGGAGGAGUACUUCAGGAAGAGGAUCAGUGAUCAGAACCUGGCCAAUAAGAUCAUCACACACCUGAAGUCAUUAAGAAGCCUCUACAUCAUGUGCCACAUCCCAGUGUUCUGCUGGAUUUCAGCUGCUGUUCUAGAGAGAAUGUUGGGUGAAGCAGAGAGUGGAGAGAUCCCCAAGACUCUGACUCAAAUGUACACACACUUCCUCAUCAUUCAGACCAACAUCAUAAGAGAGAAGUACCUACAGAAGCAGGAGAGCGAUGAAGAAAUGCUUCUCAAACUGGGGAAACUGGCUUUCCAGCAGCUGGAGAAACAAAACCUGAUCUUCUAUGAGGAAGACCUGAGAGAGUGUGACAUUGAUGUGACAGAAGCAGCAGUGUAUUCAGGUGUGUGUACGCAGAUCUUCAGAGAGGAGUUUGGGCUUCACCAGAGUAAAGUGUACUGCUUUGUUCAUCUGAGCAUUCAGGAACAUCUCGCAGCUCUGUAUCUAGCACACUGUUAUUUUAACAAACAGGUUGAAGUGAUAAAACAGUUCCAGCCCACUAAAUGGAGAAAUGUUCUUAAACAGAAUCAGGACUGUAGGACACUUUCAGAUGUACACAGGAGUGCUGUAGAUCAGUCUUUAAAAAGUCAGACUGGACAUCUGGAUCUUUUCCUCCGCUUUCUUCUGGGUCUCUCACUCGAGUCCAAUCAGAAACUUCUACAUUCCUUAGUAACACAGACAGGAAGUAGCUCCCAGAACAAAGAGAAAACAGUUCAGUACAUCAAGAAGAAGAUCAAUAAAGAUCUUUCUACAGAGAAAUCCAUCAAUCUGCUCCACUGUCUGAAUGAACUGGGUGAUGAUUCUCUAGUGGAGGAAAUCCAGCAGUAUCUGAAAUCUGAAGCACAAAGUGAACUUUCUCCUUCACAGUGGUCUGCUCUGGUGUUUGUGUUAAUGACAUCAGCACAGGAUCUGGAGGAAUUUGACCUGAAUAAAUACAUCACUCCAGAAAAGAUCAGAGAUAAGAUUCUUGUGAGAGUGAUGCCUGUGAUUGCAGCAUCCAGAAAAGCAAUUAUCAGAUGCAGUGAAAUUACAAAGAGAAGCUCUGUAGAAGCUCUGACCUCAGUGCUCAACUCAGAAACCUCCAGUCUGAGAGAACUGCAUCUGACUGUCAAUACACUGGAUCUGACCUGGAAUAAACUAGAAGACUCAGGAGUGAAGCGUCUCUCUGCUCUACUGGAGAAUCCUGAGUGUAAAGUGAAAGAUCUGAGGUUGGAGCGUUGUGGAGUAUCAGAUGAAGGCUGUGCUGCUCUCGCUUCAGCUCUGAGAUCAAACCCCUCACACCUGAGAGAAUUGGAUCUGUCUGAGAAUAAAUUAGGAGACUCAGGAGUGAAGUUUCUCUCUGCUGUACUGGAUAAUCCUCAGUGUAAACUGGAGUUACUGGGGUUGGAUGAUUGUGGAGUAUCAGAUGAAGGCUGUGCUGCUCUCGCUUCAGCUCUGAGAUCAAACCCCUCACACCUGAGAGAACUGGAUCUGUCUCUGAAUAAAGUAGGAUACUCAGGAGUGAAGUGUCUCUCUGCUGUACUGGAGAAUCCUCACUGUAAACUGGAGAAACUGUGGUUGCGUGAUUGUGGAGUAUCAGAUAAAGGUUGUGUUGCUCUCACUUCAGCUCUGAGAUCAAACCCCUCACACCUGAGAGAUCUGAAUCUGUCUUGGAAUAAAGUAGGAGACUCAGGAGUGAAGUGUCUCUCUGCUGUACUGGAGAAUCCUCACUGUAAACUGGAGAUACUGAGGUUGUAUGAUUGUGGAGUAUCAGAUGAAGGCUGUGCUGCUCUCGCUUCAGCUCUGAGAUCAAACCCCUCCCACCUGAGAAAACUGUAUCUGUCUGUGAAUAAUGUAGGAGACUCAGGAGUGAAGUGUCUCUCUGAUCUGAAGGAUGAUGAACGUUACAAACUACAGACACUGAUGUAUGAAGAUUUACCAGGUACAUCAUCAGAGCAUUUUGAGAAGACAACUGAGGAAUUUGUACAGAUUAGAUCAACAUCUACACAAAGCCCUAACCCUGUACAGGGGCACUCAGGGGAAACAGACGUGUUUACUCCUGAAUUAGGUAAAGACCACCAUGAGGACUGGAACAGUGGAUACAGGUUUCAUUGUUCUCGUGCUGGGCAGUUUCAGUGUAAAUACACCAACCUUGUGUUUGAGAUGAAGGAGAAAGCUGAAGUGUUGUACAGUAUAGUGUCCUGGGGCAGUGUUCAGUUAGACGGCAUGGGACAGAUGCAGCCUGCAGGACCCCUGUACAACAUCAACUGCUCCGAGGGGUCAAUGUGUAAACUGCACCUCCCUCACUGUGAGAUAAAUUCUGAUAAAAAUCAGACUGAACUGGCUGUGGCACAUUUCUCUGAUGGAAAUGUGGAGAUCAUUCAGCCUCUGAAAGUAACAGAGACACAUGUGAUCAUAGACAUAAAAAAUCUCUCUCUCUACGGACUCCUAAUGAAAAUAUUAUUCAAGAACAAACGGAUCAAGGCGCAGGUCCUUCUCUUCUACAAAGAAAUCCCUGGAAGGACAAAGAAGAAAAAGCUGCACAUGCACUUAUUACCCCAAAAUGUUCCAGUUAUAGAGGUGCAGAAGCAAUAUCCGCACAACAUGUACAUUGAGAGCAGUUCCACUUGUCAGCUGGUCCCUAGAAAACCAUACAGGCCACGCUGUGAGCAUUAUAAAUGUCAGCCGCAGACUGAGAUAUUUGAGGUUGACUCUGCCCCCAACUAUCACCCCACAUUUGAGGUGAUACUUCCUGAUGAAGCUGAAGAACUCACACUGGGGCUUUUGGAUAAACAUGACGAGGAGGUGUGGGCGUCUCGCCAGGUCUUUCUUACAGGUUACAAGAGAGAAGAAGCCAAUUCACCCCAAAUGCUGAAAACAGCUGCUGACUUUGUGGAUAAACACAGAGACAUUCUGGUACAGAAAGUUUCUUCAGUAAUGGAGAUUGCAGAUGGUCUCCUAUCCAAGCAAAUGAUUAAUGAUGAACUGUACAGUACAAUCAGUGCAGCAUCUACAUUACAGGAGAAAAUGAGAAUCUUGUACAAAAAAUGCCUCUCCAUCAGAGGUGUCAAAGAAGAAUUUUAUACAAUUCUAAAGGAGAAACAUCCUCACUUAGUGGAUGAGCUGGAGAAUGGGUCAAGCAAUGCUUAGGGGAACCUCAAAGAGAAAGUGGUAGCUCCGUUGUUAAGGUUCUAGCUCACCCAAUAUCACCAUGAUUUAUUCUAGACUUCCUGUCAGCUCCUGUUUCUCCCCACAGAACCGUCGCUCACUCAGUGUUUUUUGUUUUAAUGCACCACUCUGUGUAUCUCUACAGUCUCCAGCAGGAGAUCAGCAGUUUCUGAAAAACUCAAAGCAACCCAUCUGGUACUAAAGACCAUGUUACAGAGAUCAGGCUUUUCUUCAUUCUGAUGUAAAAAUGAUCUGAAGAUCUGGACCAGUAUCUGCAGGAGUUUAUACACUGCAGUGCUGAACUGCAUACAUGUGUAGGUGUACAGGUGUCCCUAAUAAAAUGGCCAGUGUUUUUAUCAUAACUGAUGUACAUAAAUAAAAAUGGACAAUAUCUUUAUAUUAAAAUUAAGCAUCCAAACAUUUAUAAAAUAUUGUCUUGCUUUUGUAUUUUGGAUGUUUUUGCUACUUUUUUAUAAUUUGUUGUCAUUUUUAAAAGCACUGCUAUUAUAUAAAAAAUAUUGGUACUUCAAUAAAAUCGAUUU